UAGGAUUCCCAACCAAUUAUAAAAAAAGUUGGUUGGGGCUAAAAAGAAAAAAUGCAUAUUGAAAUUGAGAGAAAGAAAGGUUCCGUACAACUAAUAAAAAUUAAAAUGUUUUUUUUAUGGUUUUUGGUUAUUUGGGAAUAGCCUUGUCUUAUCUGGGUUAAGAGGGGUUUUGAGAAAAGUUCCAGUUUUUGGGGGAUUUUUUAAGAUUUGAGAGAGAAAAGGGGGGCAUAAAAAGAAAAAAAAAUUGGUGAUGGAGGUAUGUCCAUGGUGUCUUUCUGAUACAAAAGAAUGUUCCAUCUACUAGCCCUCUUCUUAUUAUAAGUGUUCUUACUCGGGUCGUUUAUGUUUGUAUCGGUUUUCCAUUAGGUUUUGGGCUUUUUCUUGUUUUCCAGAGUAUGAUAAAACUCAGAAGUUGAGGAAUUCAUAAGGCUGAAACUUUUAAGAGUUUGCUGGUGGGUCUUUUAUUAGAGGGCAACACUGGGAAAGGGAAAUGGAAUGCAAUAAGGAUGAGGCCACCAGAGCUAAAGAGCUUGCUGAGAGGAAGUUCGUUGCAAAGGAUAUUAAUGGGGCAAAGAAAUUUGCUUUGAAGGCCCAGAAUUUGUAUCCUGGGCUUGAAGGUAUCCCCCAAAUGAUAGCAACAUUAGAUGUUCAUAUUUCUGCGGAGAACAAAAUAAAUGGGGAAGCAGAUUGGUAUGCCAUACUUGAUGUUAACCCACAAGCUGAUGAUGAAGCAGUGAGGAAACAAUAUAGGAAGCUGGCUCUAAUGCUUCACCCUGAUAAAAAUAAGUCUGUAGGAGCUGAUGGGGCAUUUAAACUUAUUUCCGAGGCAUGGAGUUUGUUGUCUGAUAAGGCUAAAAGGGUAGCAUAUGACCAAAAGAGGAGUGCGAAAGUAAUACAAAAGGUUUCAACACCUAGUGGCAGUUCAACAGCAUCAAAAGCGGCAAAUGGUUUUCACAACAUCACCAAAACAACUAGUUCGAGUGUGAGGGCUUCCAAGAGUAACCAACGUGCUGCUCAGUCUUCAACUACUGCUGGUCGUUCGUCAAACCUGGCUGGUCAGUCUUCAUCAUCUCAUAAGCCAAAGCCAAAUACCUUCUGGACUGUCUGUCAUCGAUGCAAGAUGCAGUAUGAGUAUCUGAGAGUGUAUCUUAAUCAUAAUCUAUUGUGCCCUAACUGCCAUGAGCCAUUUUUGGCUGUAGAAACCGCUCCCCCAACAACAUCUACCCCAACCCCUUGGAAAUUUUCACAGCAGCGGCAGAAUCCAAAUAGUCAAGCAGCUAAUAAAAGCACAAAUAAUUCAGGAAGAAACCAUGCCUCCUCUUCUAAUGUCGCAGGAUUCAGUAGUGAUGAUUCAUAUGGUCAAAACAACGUCCAUUGGGGUCCUUUUUCCAGGACUGGUGGUGCUUCAUCUGCAGCUCAAGCUGCAAGUGUGGUUCAGCAGGCAUAUGAGAAAGUGAGGAGAGAGCGAGAGGAAGCACAGGCAGCUAUAAAAAGAGAAGAGGCUAUGCGGAGAAAGCAUCAUGCCUCUAAAAGGGCAAGCGUUGCUUCUUCAACUGGAUACACUAAUGCUGCUAAGAGAAGGAGGGGUAUGGAAGACAGUAGUGCAAGCACCCAUGGAACUGAUAUUACCCAUCAAAUGGGUGUAGGAAAUGGAGGUCCAGCUAAUCUGUCUGGAUCUAAACUAGGCAGUUUAGAAACAGGUUGGAUCAAUGGAACUUCUAAAUACAACAAUGCAAGAGAUAUCUCUCAGGUAGAAAUUCAAAGUUUGCUGGUGGAGAAGGCCAAGAGAGAAAUUCGAAAGAAACUGCAUGAAUGGAAUUCAAUGUCAGCAGCUAAGACUGUAUCGAAAGAUAUUAUAGGCAAUGAAAAUGCGAAUGAGAAACAAAGCAAAUCUUUUGUAAAAAAUGACAUGCAGAAUGAGAACAAGUCAGGGGGCUUUGUUGAUAAAAACAAUGGGGAUCAUUGUCUCAAGACUUUUCCUGGCAGUUCUGGUGUUGCUAUCACUGCAGAAACAUUGGAAGCAAUGUCCAUAAAUGUCCCAGAUCCUGAUUUUCAUGAUUUUGACAAGGAUCGAACUGAAAGAUCUUUUGAAGAUAACCAGGUAUGGGCUGCAUAUGAUGACGAUGAUGGGAUGCCUCGAUACUAUGCUAUGAUCCAUAAUGUUAUAUCUCUGAAUCCAUUCAAGAUGCAGAUCAGCUGGCUUAAUUCAAAGACUAACAGUGAAUUGGGUCCACUUAACUGGGUAGGUUCUGGUUUCUCAAAAACCUGUGGGGAGUUCAGAAUAGGCCGGCAUGAGAUCAAUAGCUCACUUAAUUCUUUUUCACACAAGGUUAAGUGGACAAAAGGGAUGCGCGGGGCUAUUCGUAUAUAUCCUAGAAAGGGUGAUGUUUGGGCUAUCUAUAGGAACUGGUCCCCUGACUGGAAUGAGUUAACAGCUGAUGAAGUAAUACACAAGUAUGAUAUGGUAGAAGUACUUGAUGACUACAAUGAAGAACUAGGUGUCACAGUCACCCCCCUUGUCAAGGUUGCUGGUUUCAAGACAGUCUUUCACCGACAUCUGGAUCAUAGAGAAAUUAAAAGGAUUCCAAGAGAAGAGAUGUUUCGUUUCUCUCAUCAAGUUCCUUCAUACUUGCUUACAGGUCAAGAGGCUCCCAAUGCUCCAAAGGGUUGCCGGGAGCUAGACCCAGCUGCUACUCCAGUGGAACUUCUUCAGGUACUUAUAGGUGUUAAGGAAGAAGAGAUUCUGGAAAAUGAUAAGAAGAUUAAUGAAGAAAAUGUUGUGGAUGUAGGAAAAGCUAAUGAUAGAGGGGUAGUGGUGAAUUGCGAAAAAGCUAGGUAAGAAGGGGAUAAUGGCUCUAAAGUUCUUGUGGAUAAAGAAAAUGUAGCCAAUUUUAGAAAUACUUAAGAAGAUGAGAGAAUGGAGCAUACUGAAUAAGCCUGAUUAAUUGAGUUCAAGAUUAACUGGUUUGAUGUGGACAGAUGAUAUUGGGCUGUUGUAAAAUUGGAUGGUACUGAUUCAUCUAAUGUGUACAACCUUGGGUGGUUAUCUCACUUGAACUUGUGAAGGUGACCUGAAAGUAUAUCUAACCUUGCAAUGAUCUUCACGUUGAUAUUUUAGGAGUAGAUCCCUGGGGUUUUUGGGGUUUCUAGCGGUUCAUCGAGAAAGCUCAUUCUGGUAUCAGUUCUGCUAAGUGGAACUUCUCAGAGUUUUGAGAGCAGAGAGCUAGACGGGCUAUUUCUUCGCUGUUUCAGUCUAGGGAACACCUCUUUAGCAUGCUGGAUAAGCUGGCACUCUUACUAUUUCAAUUUUACAGUGUUUUCUUGCUCAAUUGUCUCAUCCUGUAGCAUUUGAUAGUCAUGGAUUCAUGAUCUUUUGCGCUUGGCUGUAGAGCUGUACCAUUAGUUCAUAUUAGAGGUUCAAUAACAGUGUAGAUUGUGAGUUGAUACAGUCACUGCUUAAAUCAUAUUUAUAAUGAUUAUUUACUUUUAU